AUGGCCUCGUCUCGAAGGGCUAUGCAGCUCAACCCAGGUGCUGCCUCGUGGUGUGCAGAUGGCUCCCUUUCCGCCGACACGAGGCUGGUUGACAGAUUCCAUAGCCAAUUCCCCGAUGGCUCCUCCACAAGGCUCGUGCGGCUUGACGAGGUUGCCAAUCAUCUCGGCAUCAAGGCCGUCUAUCUCAAAGAUGAGAGCACGAGGUUCGGCCUGCCGUCUUUCAAGAUCUUGGGUGCCUCCUGGGGAACUUUUCGCGCCCUGGUCCAAAAACUUGGACUCCCUCUAGAUGCAGAUUUGGCGGCAGUGAAAGAUGCUCUGGUGCGUUCACCUAUUCCCCUGUAUGCAGCGAGCGAGGGCAAUCAUGGCAGAGCUGUGGCUAGGAUGGGGUCUCUCCUGGGUGUGCCUGUCGAAAUUCAUGUUCCCUCAGAUAUGCCAUCAGAGACGAUGAAACGAUUGGAAGAAGAGGGCGCCAUAGUUUCCGUCAAUGCUGGUACCUAUGAUGACGCCAUGGGCACUGCUCGAGAAGCUUGCGCGGCAAGAGGCGGUCUCCUUGUGCAGGACUAUUCCUUCGAUGAUUAUAAAGAGAUUCCCCAGUGGAUAGUGGACGGAUAUUUGACAAUGUUGCGAGAGAUUGAUGGCCAGCUCAAUGGUACUGAAGCCGAUCUUAUCAUCUCUCCAGUCGGCGUAGGCUCUCUUGCACAAGCAGUCGUCUCGCAUUAUAAAAGAAAAGCUUGCAAGACAGCCGUCAUGACAGUUGAACCUGACACCGCAGCAUGUUUGUAUAAGAGCUUACGUGCCAAAAAGUCUGUUGAUGUUCAGACAUAUUCCACUAUCAUGGCUGGCCUGGACUGUGCUACCUUGUCGCCCAUCGCAUGGCCAUUGCUGAAAUCUGGUGUGGACGCCAGUUUGACCGUGUCUGAUUAUGAGGCACAUCAGGCCUCCCAGUAUCUAAAAUCUCGACACAUAUCAGCAGGGCCAUGCGGCGCUUCACCUCUUGCUGCUCUCCAACGCCUUACAAGGAAGGAUAUGGCUGACUUGGGCCUUGGACAAGAUUCUGUGGUGGUUCUUCUCUGCACCGAGGGAACCAGAAGUUAUCGCAUUCCCAUGGACGUCUCCGUUGAUGGCCCUAUCGCAUUGACCCAAGCUUUAGUCCGCAUCGACUCUUCCAAUCCAGCAUUGGGGUCUGUGCCUGGUCCAGGAGAGACUGAGAUUGCCCGUUAUAUUGGCUCUUGGCUUGAACACCGCGAUAUUGAGACUCAUUGGAUUGAGCCAACCAAGGGACGCCCGUCCAUUGUUGGUAUUGUUCGAGGUUCAGGCGGAGGCAAGAAUUUGAUGUUCAACGGGCAUAUCGACACAGUCACAACGCUGGGUUAUGAUGAUGACCCUCUAGGCGGAGAAAUCAAGGAUGGGAAGCUCUAUGGACGGGGAGCCGAUGACAUGAAGUGCGGAAUAGCUGCUGCCAUGUCUGCCCUGGCGGCUUCCAAGGCCCAGGCUCUUCGAGGCGACGUCAUAUUUACUGGCGUGGCCGAUGAGGAAGCAACCAGCAUUGGCACAGAGCAGGUUCUUGAGGCAGGCUGGAGAGCAGACGGUGCCAUUGUCAAUGAGCCGACUGGCGAAGAAAUAAUCCACGCGCACAAAGGAUUUGUCUGGCUCGAGGUCGAUAUUCAUGGCCUCGCAUCACAUGGAUCACUGCCUACAGUUGGCAUAGACGCCAUUACUCGGGCAGGUUAUUUUUUGGUCGAACUGGACAGGUAUUCGCAGAACUUGAGCAAAGGCUGGGCCGAUCCUCUCUUGGCUCCAAGUGUCCAUGCAUCCACAAUCAAGGGCGGUGAGGAGGAGUCUUCAUAUCCAGCAUUGUGCACUGUGGUGAUAGAGCGUCGAACUAUUGCAGGCGAGUCUGUCGAUUCGGUAACACAGGAGCUUCAAACUAUUCUGGACAAUCUCGCCAAGUCAGUCAAGGACUUCAAAUAUGACUUACGGGUAACUUUUGAUAGGGCCCCUUUCAAUAUUGAGCCCGAACAUCCGUUUGCAACACUUGUGGGCGGCGUUACCAGCGAGGUGCAGGGAAGAAAGACCAAAUUCAGCAAAGGACCGUACUGGACUGAUUGCGCCCUGCUGGCUGACAAAGACAUCCCCGUUCUUCUCUGGGGCCCAACAGGUGAUGGGCUUCACGGCAAAGAGGAGUGGGUGGAAGUAGCCUCUGUCGAACGAGUGGCCAGAGGAUUGAGGAUGAUUGCACAAAAGUUUUGUAGCUAG